UAAUAGCAUCGAUACCCAUCCUUAACCGGGACAUCACGCAGAACAUUCCAGCUCAACAGCAGACCAGUUUAAGCCAGCGAAAUGUCUGACGAGGGAAAAUUGUUCGUCGGUGGACUCAGCUUCGACACAACGGAGCAGUCCCUUGAAGAAGCAUUCUCUAAGUAUGGGGCCAUCUCAAACGUUCACGUUGCCAGACACCGGGAAACCCAGGACCCGCGUGGUUUUGGUUUCGUCACAUUCGAGAACCCGGAAGACGCGAAAGACGCAAUGGAUGGAAUGAAUGGACAGUCCGUGGACGGCAGAACGAUCCGCGUGGACAAGGCCGGGAAGCCCGGUGGCGGCGGCGGCGGUGGAGGUGGUUACCGUGGUGGCGGAGGAUAUGGAGGCGGAGGCGGUGGCAGAGGAUAUGGAGGCGGCAGAGGUGGUGACCGAAGCUACAGCAGAGGUGGAGGCGGAGGCUACGGCCGGGACCGGGACCAGUCUGGCGGCUACAGUGACCGGUACUGAGACGGCUUUGACCGCUACGCAGUUGUCGACUAGAUAUCAGCCUGCACCCUCUUCAACACCUCACAAAGAUGCCCUCCGCGCAAGAAACCAAUUGUUCAAGUUCUCUCUUUCUUGUUUUCUUGGCGAUUUGCAAAUCGCUUUUCUAUGUUGAAUUUACUUGCGUGCAUCUUUGUUUUGUGGGGAAACACAAAAAAGGGGGAUGUUAAGUUUUUGAGAGUAAAGUCAAAAGCAAAUCUGCCUCGUUGUCGGCUUCAGUUCAUUUGAGGCUAAAUCUUUGUCUUUACCCAGUGGAACCAGGCAGCGUCGUGUAAGAACCUCGUGUCCCAUGUCCUUCCGAUUACUUACACUUUUUUUAUAUGUAUUGUAAAGGCUACUUUCUAUGUCCAUCUGAAGAAUAAAGUAUGAACAGUCAAAUAAC